AUGAAAUUUUGCGACAGUAAAUUUUAUUUUAUUUUGUUUUGUUUUAUUUAUUUAUUUAAUUCAUUGUAUUUUUUAAAUCGAAUUUGUGCUGAAGAAGAAGCAGAAGAAGGACAUGAAUUUCGUGUUCGCGCAUCGGAUGAAUAUUAUCCAGAAAAUGCUCGUACACCACGAGAAAAAAUUGAUGAACAAGUAAAAUAUGACAUUGAUGAAUAUUGGUGUGCUAUGCAUGUUUUACAAACACAAUAUACAUUAUAA